UUAUCGUUGUUAAGGUAUUAAUAAGAAAUGCGCCUUUUCCCCAUUUUGAAAACGGGCUUAAACUUUUGACAGUGGUAGUAGUUGGCUUUUGCAACACCCUCUUCCCAUUCCGGCUUGAUAUUACAGAUUUUUAAAAAAAGUUUGUCAAUCGAACUUACAGUUUGUUUCUUUGCAGCCCCAAACCUUUUAGCUACCACCACGAAGUUGGUUUGCUAGAGCCACUUUGUUCUCACAGACUCCGAAUUGUGCGUUUUCUCUAACUCGUUCUUUUGGGGAGGUGGGAGGGGGAUGAGGUUGUGGAGGGCACAGGGAAAAGCAAACGCAGCCUAAAACCCCCAGGCUGGCUCCCCGAAGCUUUGCUAUCCAUCUCGCUUCCUUUCUCCGCUCGGCUCCCACCGCCUCUCGGGUCGCCUCGCGCUCCUUUGGAACUUGGUGGGCGGCGACUGGGUGCGGGGUCCUUCGGAUUCUGGGCUCUGAGACUUAGGCCGGGGGCAGGUUUCACUUCUGGGACCCUUUCUCUUCCAGAGUCUCCCCCGCCUCCCAGUUUCCUACUUUUGAGGGGAGGCCAGGUGCACGCCGCGCGCCGGUUGGGUGCGGCGAGUGGACGGCGGCCUGGCCCCGGGUACACUGGGCUGACGCGGCUUCCCGCGGCGGGUGCACCCGACCGAGAUUUCCAUAAUUGCCCCCCGAGCGCGUUUCCCGAGAUCGAAUUUAGUUUGGCCCUCUGGCGCCGCCGUAGAGUCAGCGCUUCUUAAGGGAGACCAGCGGCUCAGGCGACGAGAUGGUGGGGAGUCCUCGGGGUCCUAGGGGUUAGGAGGGAGAACCAAGGUGUGCGGGAGCGACUAGAGAUACCGCCAGCUCAGGGGGCUUCAUUGGCCUCAAGACGAGCGGGGACGCGUCCACAUUUUCCCGCUUCAGGUCGGGACCGCGAGUGUCAGCCGGCGCCCCCGGGGUCUCGCGGGGGCCGCGGCUCCUGCCCACGUGCUUUCUUUAAGGAGGUUCCGCGUCCAAGAGGGAUCUUAGGGACAAAAGCGCGGCCAGAGCCCGGCCUGCUCGGCUAGCGCCCGGGCCACCUUAAAUGAGCAUCGCGGCUGGAGCCGGGCUACGGGCGACUGCGGCCGCGGGAGUCGGCAAAAGUUUGUGGCUCAGUUACGCCUUCGCGGGACCUGCUGGGGACGCCCCCGCACGGCCUCCCCCGGGAUGGGGAGGCCGGGUCCCCACCGCACAGCUCUGACCGCGCUCUCAGCCUAGGGCCCGAGCGGCUUGGGAUCCCAGGAGUCCCAGCCCAGCAGCCAGCGGACAGGGAGCCCCGCCGCCCUCGCUGCCACCGCGUCACGGCCUGCAGGCGGCCCGGGCUGCGCCGCUCGAGAUGUCGCCGGCGCUGCGAGCGCUCCAGGGACGUCAUCCAGGGAUGCUCCCCGCCCUGCGACCCUCCUGCAGCCCCCUUCCCUGUGCCACCCGCCGCCCGGCGGGCAGUGCUGAUGCUCCUGCCAUUCGGGACACCCGGGCUAUUGUUCUGGACCCACGGCAGUGCCAGCUCUGAGGGAGAGUCGGCCUUCCUAGCUCGUGCGGCGGCGCGGCGGGCCCGGACGGCUGGCUCCGCACGGAGGGGGAGCUCGCAGGCACCGGGAAAAGUUGUUCGGAGGGGCGGAGGCGGUGCGUGGUGGGCGGAGGCGGUGGGUGGGGGAGGUGAUAGCCCUCCUAUCUCCAAAGUCGAAAGUACUCCGCGUAGUUAGCAGAACCCGGAGCCGAGGCAGCCGUGGUUGCCUCCUGCGCGUGGGUCUGUGCCUCCGCCGGGAGACGAGGCAACCAGCGCCUGCCUUGCCGCCGUCUCCGAGCCGGGACGAGUGCGCCUCAGGGCUGGGCGAGGCGGCCGCGCCCUGGACCCGCCGCGAGGAGGAGGAGGAGGACGAGACCCCGGGCCCCAGCUCCCGCCUGCACCCGGGCGCACCCACCCACCAGCCGCGGCCACCGCCUCGCGCGGCACUCGGUUCCCUGCCAUAGGUCCCCCGCCGCGCCGCGCGCGCGCGGUCCUCGCCACACCGCUCUCCCACCGCCGGCUCUCUCCUUCCUUCUUCUCCCUCCUCCCUGCUUCCCACCCGCCCCUCUCCAGUCCCUCUGCCUCCUCUGCAGCUCCGCCGCUGUUCGGUCGCCGGCCUCACAGCGAUUGAUUGAUUGAUGUUUAAUUUCCUGCCAGGCGGGGCCCCCUCCCCCCGCAACCUCCCCGGCCCUCCUCCCCGCCCCCCCACUCUCCUCCUUCAAUGCGGUGGACCAGUCUGGCUCGGGUUUAGAUCUUUCCCCCCCAAACCCCAUCCCGAAAUAACCCAGAGACUUCCCCUACCCCCACCCCAAAUUAUUAUUUUGAAGGCGCUAGAUCUGGGGACGGAAAGGGGGAGGGGGAGAAAUCGGAAACCGAGGACAACCCAAAAGGACUCACUUUGCCUGAUGACUCAACGCAACUAAUAAUCAUCUCCCUCUCACUGUGUCUCUCUCUGCGGCUUGUCAGUGAGUCCGGCUUCGGCUGCUGGCGGCGGCGGCCGAGAGGGGAGAGGCUGGAGGUGACAGCUUGGGCGGCCGCCGCUUUUCCUGCCGCGUGCGGUCCCAGGUCCCUGUGCCUUCUCGCUUCUCGGUGGCACCGGCCCUACGGCUCCGGCCGCGCCUCCUCGCGAGCUAGCAGCCCUGCGAAGCGGCAGCCCCGACCCGCCUCCGCCGCCUCCCAGUUUUCAGCCCUUUCUCGCCAGAACGGGUCUCCUUCCCGAAGGUGUGAAAAGGCUUUUUCAGCCUCCUUCUCUCUUCUCCCCUCCUCCGUCGCCUCCUCCCGCGCUCGCUCGGGUGUUCCUUUGGAGGAGCCCUCCUUUCCCUCUUCUCCUCCUCCCUCUACUCCCCCCACCCCCCAUCAUCAUCAUCAUAACAACCGUCGCCGCACUAAGAAGACACCCUGACCCAGGACCCUAAACGUUUGGACCUGGGAAAGAGGAAAGGGAAAGGAGUAAAGAGAAAGGAAGACUAGGAGAACACUGCAAGGCAAAUCACCAGAAACUUUCCACCCUGGAUUCUCUACUUUUGCUCCAUGGACAGAGCCCCAGCCAGCCAAGUUACAGACAGACUGUGAGCAACAGCGCAGCCGAGGGAGUCCGGGCGGAACCUUCGCCCUCAGCCCUGGCGCUCCGUCUCUGCAUCAUUCGCAUCUCUUCUCACCUCUCCUCUGCCACCCCCACCUUGUCUCCUUGAGCCGUGGCGACGCGGCUUCUCCCACGGCCAGAGCGCCCGCGAGGAUUCCCAGCGCACUUUGUUGUGCCGGGUUCCUCCUGCUUCUUGGGGAUGUCAGUGACAAUGUCCCUGUGCAUUUUAUUGCGACCUGCCGGUGGGAACUUUGUCUCCGAGUCGGAGCAGCAUGGAGCGGCGGAGCGAGAGCCCGUGUCUGCGGGACAGCCCCGACCGGCGGAGCGGCAGCCCCGACGUCAAGGGUCCUCCCCCGGUGAAGGUGGCCCGGCUGGAGCAGAACGGCAGCCCCAUGGGAGCCCGCGGGAGGCCCAACGGCGCCGUGGCCAAGGCCGUGGGAGGUUUGAUGAUUCCGGUCUUUUGUGUGGUAGAGCAGUUGGACGGCUCUCUUGAAUAUGACAACAGGGAAGAACACGCGGAGUUUGUCCUGGUUCGCAAGGACGUGCUUUUCAGCCAGCUGGUGGAGACCGCGCUCCUGGCCCUGGGCUACUCCCACAGCUCCGCGGCGCAGGCACAAGGAAUAAUCAAGCUUGGGAGGUGGAACCCUCUCCCCCUCAGUUAUGUGACAGAUGCACCCGAUGCGACAGUGGCCGACAUGCUGCAAGAUGUCUAUCACGUUGUGACGUUGAAAAUCCAAUUACAAAGUUGUUCGAAGUUGGAAGACUUGCCUGCGGAGCAGUGGAACCACGCCACGGUCCGCAAUGCCUUAAAGGAGCUGCUCAAAGAGAUGAACCAGAGCACAUUAGCCAAAGAAUGCCCUCUCUCCCAGAGUAUGAUCUCAUCCAUUGUAAAUAGCACAUAUUAUGCCAACGUGUCAGCAACCAAGUGCCAGGAGUUUGGGAGAUGGUAUAAGAAGUACAAGAAGAUUAAAGUGGAAAGAGUGGAACGAGAAAACCUUUCAGACUAUUGUGUUCUGGGCCAGCGUCCAAUGCAUUUACCAAAUAUGAACCAGCUGGCAUCCCUGGGGAAAGCCAACGAACAGUCUUCUCAUAGCCAAAUCCACCACAGUACUCCAAUCCGAAACCAAGUGCCCGCGUUACAGCCCAUCAUGAGCCCUGGUCUUCUUUCUCCCCAGCUCAGUCCACAACUUGUCAGGCAACAAAUCGCCAUGGCCCAUCUGAUAAACCAACAGAUUGCCGUUAGCCGGCUCCUGGCUCACCAGCACCCUCAAGCCAUCAACCAGCAGUUCCUGAACCAUCCACCCAUUCCCAGAGCAGUUAAGCCGGAGCCAACCAACUCUUCUGUGGAAGUAUCUCCAGAUAUCUACCAGCAAGUCAGAGAUGAGCUGAAGAGGGCCAGUGUGUCCCAAGCUGUCUUUGCAAGAGUGGCAUUCAAUCGCACACAGGGAUUGUUGUCUGAGAUUCUGCGUAAGGAAGAAGACCCUCGGACAGCAUCUCAGUCUCUUUUAGUAAACCUGAGGGCUAUGCAGAAUUUCCUCAAUCUGCCGGAAGUGGAGCGGGACCGCAUAUACCAGGAUGAGAGAGAGCGGAGCAUGAACCCCAAUGUGAGCAUGGUCUCAUCGGCCUCCAGCAGUCCCAGCUCCUCCCGAACCCCUCAGGCCAAAACCUCGACACCGACAACAGACCUCCCCAUUAAGGUGGACGGCGCCAACGUCAACAUCACAGCUGCCAUUUAUGACGAGAUCCAACAGGAGAUGAAAAGGGCCAAGGUGUCUCAAGCCCUGUUUGCCAAAGUGGCUGCAAAUAAAAGUCAGGGCUGGCUGUGUGAACUGCUCCGCUGGAAGGAGAACCCCAGCCCAGAAAACCGCACCCUCUGGGAGAACCUCUGUACCAUCCGUCGCUUCCUGAACCUUCCCCAACACGAGAGGGAUGUGAUUUAUGAGGAGGAAUCGAGGCACCAUCACAGCGAGCGCAUGCAGCACGUGGUCCAGCUUCCCCCUGAGCCAGUGCAGGUCCUUCAUAGACAGCAGUCUCAGCCAGCCAAGGAGAGCUCCCCUCCCAGAGAAGAAGCACCUCCCCCACCUCCUCCGGCUGAAGACAGUUGCACCAAAAAGCCUCGGUCUCGCACAAAGAUCUCUUUGGAAGCCCUCGGGAUCCUCCAAAGCUUCAUCCAUGAUGUGGGCCUGUACCCUGACCAGGAAGCCAUCCACACUCUUUCUGCUCAGCUGGAUCUCCCCAAACACACCAUCAUCAAGUUCUUCCAGAACCAGCGGUACCACGUGAAGCAUCAUGGGAAGCUCAAGGAACACCUGGGCUCGGUGGUGGACGUGGCCGAGUAUAAGGACGAGGAGCUGCUGACAGAGUCGGAGGAGAAUGACAGCGAGGAAGGCUCAGAGGAGAUGUACAAAGUGGAGGCUGAGGAGGAGAAUGCGGAGAAAAGCAAGGCUGUGCCUGCUGAAAUUGACCAGAGAUAAUGUGAACUGCCACCAGGCAAAGCAAUACAUCGGUCCAAGGAUUUUCUGUUUUAGUUUCUUUAAAAACAUUUUUUUUUUUUUGCUUUAUUUUAUUUUUGUCUUUUUUUGGUCUGUUUUGUUUUCCUUACCUUUUUUUGACAUCUCUCUGUUGCACAGGAUACACCUGUAGACUGAAUAAGUUCAGUAUUUCUGAAUCAGACAUCGCCUUGGCAAAGACACUAAAGUGUUAUGCUUUACAAUGGACUGGAUCAUAGUCAUUAUAAUCACAGGAGACUCUGCCUUCAUUAUCCUUGCACUUACGGAAGAGACACCAGGCAAGUUCCAGGAUGAAAAGACCUAUGAAAUAAAUGAAGGAAGCUACAAGUGUGUGUGUAUAUGUAUAUGUAUAUAUCUAUAUAUUUACAUAUAUAUAUUAAAUUGCAUGGGACAGAGAACUUUACAAUCCGAAAGAAUAGACUGUGAAAUGAGUUCUUAAAGAAGAGACUUGUUUAUGUAUUAAAAAAACCACUUCACAGUGAGUCGCUUUGGCUUUUUGAUAAACUGCGGCCUGCUCUCAGGGUGGGGUGACUAUUUUUGAAUUCCUAUUUAUUUUCUGUGUUUGUCCCUGAUUUUUUUUUUUUUAAUUCUAUGGCUUCCUAUCUGGCAGCUUGAUGGGUAAUUUUUGAGGUAUGUAUUUAACAAAACAAAUCAACACUGCCAAAAAAAAAAAAAAAAAGAAAGGAAGAAAGAAAGAAGAAGAAAGUAAAGUGAAAAAAAAAUCAGGGCACCUUAAAAUGAUACCAGUCAAAUUAAUCUUAAAGACACAAUGCACACUUAAAAUGACUCGUGUUCCGUUAUUCAACUUGUCGUUACUGUAGUGAACAGAUGCAUUUCUGUGGAAUUCCAAAUGAGUAAAGCUGAAAUUCAGUACAGAGAAAACUUGUCCAUUAGUGCAGUCUUGAUAAAAUGACAUACUGAUGUCAGACAAAUGGAAUUCACAGUAUGAGCCACAUUUUAUUGUGAAAUUUAUUUACCUGCUUGUGGCUUCAGAUCUUAAAAUUAAUAAGCCUGCUCAUUUAAAACUUGUUUAUUGUUGCUGUUUUCUUUUUCUUUUUUUUUUUAAAUAGAAAAUAGUUCAAUGUAAUAUUAAGUUAGAAAAGAAGUUGCUGCCCAGUUAAAGGGGCUCCCUCUCAAAUAAAUCUCCAUCCCUUCAUCUCCCGAAAGACGUUUCUCAUUUCUGUUUCACUUUGGGCUUCCUCUUUGUACGUAUUCCGUCCACCUAACCAGACGUUUUCAGUCCUUGCUCUCACGCGCCUCAUCCCUUCCCUACUAUGGGGGCAGCCCUAACAAGAACCCGUUUUUGAAUCAUUGUGCAGCUCCAGGCAAUAGAGUAAGCAAAGCAAUUUCAGUGGAAUCACGUACUCGUCAUAAAUGGAAACAUUUUCCCAGUUACCUACGUAGCAGUUACCUUACAUAAAGCAGAACUAAUGCCGACUGGCUGUUUAGUGGAAUGAGCAUUAAAGCUGCAAUCUACUAUAGUCCUCCCACCGCCUCUAGCUUCCCAUCAGAAACCAUUACUUCCCACUUCUACUUCUAGUCAUUGCAAGAGGAGACCUCACCUUCAGGACUGGCCAAGUGAAACUAAUCUCAUGCUUCAAGGUGGCCGUCAAACAGUCCCACACGGUUGGAUUUUUUUUAGAGUCGUGCUCUCAUGCAACCUUUUCAAAGACCUCAUGCAAUAUCACUUUGAAAGUUAUUUUCUGUUUACUACACAAACAUUGUAAUAUAACUGUUAAUACUAUUUAUAUAUUUGAAAGGUAUAAAAGGUCGGAGUUAAAAAAAACAAACCUCUAUGUGUAGAUAUUAACUCAGAACUUAACAAUAUACAGGGAGAAGACAUGUUGCAAUACAAGCUAAUUCUAGCUGCUCAGUAACCUCUGGAGUUUUUAAAGGGACAUUUUCCUGUACUUUUUCAAAUAAUGAUGUUUAAAAAAUUAUCUUGACAUGAGCGUCGUAUACCUUUGCAAAAGGAUGGUUGUUUGCAGUCAAGCCCUGGGCCUGUCCUUCCUAUUUUCUGUAGUAUGCUGCAGCUUUAAUCAGAACGUCCAUGGUUGCUGCUUCCUAAUAUCCGAGUUACUCUUUUCCAAAUUGUCUUCUUACACUGUUGCUGAAGGUCACUCUGUACACGUAAUGGAAACUGAUUUUGCCAAGCUCUUACAAGGUGGUUCAUCUAUCGAUGGCAUCCGCAUUUGGUAUCUUUUACACUUCAACCAAAAAUUUAUUAGGUAUUUUUCAAUGCUAAGUCUUGCCUUUUAUUUUUUAAUUUCACUGCCAAGUUUGCAGUGGUUCUAAGUGAAUCUGUGGGCAUUUUAGCCUGUGGUCUUGCCAGAUCUUUGCGAAUUACAAUGCAUAUAUGUCUAUUUAUUCAAUAUCUGUCAUAUAAUAUCUAUUUGGAAGAAGAAACUUUCUCUUGUAGUGCCUCUUGACAAAGCACAAUUUCCCGCCUUUUUUUUUUUUGUGAAAUGAAAAAACAAAUUGUGUUUUAUUGCGAUAUCAACAAUGUGAAUAAGGAUUAACAUAUUGUAAAUGUUCUUUUUUCCAUGUAAAUCAACUAUCUUUGUUAUCACUAAGUGAUAAUUAAUUUUUAACUUAUGUGCAUUGUUAGGCUGUUAGA